AUGGUAUUUGAAAAUCCCAAGCAGUGGGCUAAAUGGCUACAUCUUGCAGAGUGGUGGUACAAUACUAACUACUACACUUCUCUCAAGACGACACCAUUUGAGGCGCUAUAUGGAUACCCUCCGACUCAAUUACCAUUGGGUUCACUGCCUCAUAGUGGUCACAACCCAGCAGGAGUCAACUUAGCACAGAGGCAGCACAUGCUCCAGAUUCUCAAAGAUAACCUCACCCAAGCUCAGUCUAGAAUGAAAUUUUGUGCAGACAAACUAAGGUCAGAAAGAACUUUGGCAGUAGGGGAUCUAGUCUACCUAAAGCUUCAACCUUAUAGACAAUCUUCAGUCGAUGUUCGUAAAAAUGUGAAGUUAAGUGCUCGCUAUUAUAGUCCCUACAAGAUUCUACAAAAGAUUGGUACAAUGGCUUACCUGCUUGAACUUCCAAGUGGAUCUCAGCUUCAUCUCGUCUUCCAUGUAUCUCAAUUGAAGAAGCGGAUCGGUCCAGCAGUGACAUCUCAGCCACAGUCUCCCACUUGUGAUGAUGAAGGUCGAGUCUUGAUCCAACCAAUUGCCAUUUUAAAGAGAAGAAUGGUUAAGAUCGAUAAUGGGGUUCAAGUGAAGGUGUUGAUUCAAUGGGCUAACUUGAGCAGAGAAAAAGCAUCCUAG